AUGAGAGCAGUUGUCCUGGCCCUGACUCUGGCCCUUGUGGCGGGUCAACCACAUAGCUUGGCUCCUGAUUUUGCUGCUGGUAAGACCUAUGUGUACAAAUAUGAGGCAUUUCUCCUGGGUGGUUUGCCAGAGGAAGGUUUGGCAAAAGCCGGAGUCAAAGUCAGCAGCAAAGUUCUCAUCAGUGCCGCAUCUCAAAAUAUCUACAUGCUGAAGCUUGUGGAACCUGAGCUCUUUGAGUACAGUGGCGUCUGGCCUAGGGAUCCUUUAAUCCCAGCAACCAAGCUGACCUCAGCACUGGCAGCUCAGCUCGUGGCUCCCAUCAAGUUUGAGUAUGCCAACGGUGUUGUGGGAAAAAUGUUCGCCCCAGAGGGAACCUCCACACUGGUGCUGAACAUCUACAGAGGUAUCCUGAAUGUCCUUCAGCUGAACAUCAAGAAGACACAGAAUGUCUACGAGUUGCAGGAGGCCGGAACUCAGGGUGUGUGCAAGACCCUCUAUGCCAUCACUGAGGACGAAAAGGCUGAACGCAUCCUUUUGACAAAGACCAGGGACCUGAACCAUUGUCAGGAGAAGGUCAUGCUGGACUUGGGGAUGGCAUACACUGAGAAAUGUGCAAAGUGCCAGCAGGACUCAAAGAACCUUAGAGGAGCUACAGCAUACAAUUACAUCUUGAAGCCAGUCGGUAGUGGCAUCCUGAUCCUGGAGGCAGCCGUCACUGAGUUGAUCCAGUUCUCACCUUUCACUGAGAUGAACGGAGCUGCUCAGAUGGAGACCAAACAAUCCUUGGUGUUCCUUGAGGUUCAAAGGGCCCCUAUUGUACCCAUCGAGGCUCAGUAUCUUCACCGUGGAUCUCUCAAGUAUGAGUUCUCCACUGAACUUCUUCAGACACCCAUUCAGCUCAUCAAGAUCACCAAUGCACAGGCCCAGAUUAUGGAGAUUCUUAAUCAUCUGGUCACCCACAACAUGGUGAGAGUCCAUGAGGAUGCUCCUCUGAAGUUUUUGGAGCUCAUUCAGGUCCUCCGUGCAGCCCACUAUGAAGACCUUGAAAUGCUCUGGAGCCAAUACAGAAACAAACCUGCCUACAGACAGUGGAUUUUGGAUGCCAUCCCUGUUAUUGGAACACCUGCUGCUCUGAGAUUCAUCAAGGAGAAAUUCCUAGCUAAUGAGCUGACUGUUGCUGAAACAGCUCAGGCUUUGAUUGCAUCUGUUCACAUGGCAACAGCAAACACUGAGAACAUCAAGCUGAUCGAGACCCUGGCAUUCAACAGUAAAGUACUUGAGAACCCAGUUCUGCGGGAGAUUGUCCUCCUUGGUUACGGUACCAUGAUUUCCAAGUACUGUGCUGAGAAAGCUGUGUGCCCUGUUGAACUCAUCAAGCCCAUCCAGGAGCUCCUUGCAGAGGCUGUCGCUAAGGAUGACACCCCGGAAAUCAUCCUUUUGCUGAAGGUUUUGGGUAACGCUGGUCAUCCUUCUAGCCUUAAGCCGAUAACAAAGAUCCUGCCCAUACAUGGAACUGCAGCUGCAACUCUGCAGAUGAGAGUCCAUGCUGAUGCCAUCAUGGCCUUGAGGAACAUUGCAAAGAAGGAGCCCAGAAUGAUCCAGGAAUUGGCUCUACAGCUCUACAUGGACAAGGCUCUUCACCCAGAGCUUCGUAUGCUUGCAUGCAUUGUGCUGUUUGAAACAAGGCCUCCAAUGGGUUUGGUGACAACUCUUGCCAACAUUGUGAAAACAGAGGAGAAUCUGCAAGUGGCAAGCUUCACUUACUCUCAUAUGAAGUCCCUGACCAGAAGCACAGCUGCUAUCCAUGCCUCAGUUGCCGCAGCUUGCAACGUCGCUGUCAAAAUCUUAAGCCCAAGGCUGGACAGACUGAGCUUCCGUUUCAGUAAAGCCAUCCACAUGGACAUCUAUAACAGUCCUUUGAUGCUUGGUGCUGCUGCCAGUGCUUUCUACAUCAAUGAUGCUGCGACCAUUCUGCCCAGAUCUAUUGUGGCUAAGACUAGUGCCUACCUUGCAGGAGCUGCUGCUGAUGUUCUGGAGGUUGGAGUAAGAACUGAGGGACUCCAAGAGGCUAUUCUGAAAAACCCUGCCAUUAUUGACAGUACUGACAGGAUCACCAAGAUGAAGCGUGUCAUUAAGGCUCUCUCUCAGUGGAAGUCUCUGCCCAACAGGAAGCCUCUGGCUUCUGUCUAUGUCAAGUUCUUUGGACAAGAAAUUGCCUUUGCCAACAUUGACAAAGCCUUCAUUGAUCAGGCCAUUGCGCUCGCCACUGCACCAUCUGUUCAGGCAUUUGGUAGGAACACUAUCAAGGCUCUGCUGUCUGGUGCCUCCUACCACUUCGCUAAGCCUCUGCUGGCUACUGAGGUGCGGCGCAUCCUGCCUACUGCUGCUGGUCUUCCAAUGGAGCUCAGUCUCUACACUGCUGCUGUGGCUGCCGCAGCUGUUCACAUCAAGGCCACCACAACCCCAACUCUGCCUGAAAACUUCCAUAUUGCUCACCUUCUGAAGACAGACAUGCAGCUUGAGACUGAGAUCAAACCAAGCAUUGCUGUCAACACAUUUGCUGUGAUGGGGGUCAACACUGCCAUACUCCAGGCUGCUCUGCUAUCAAGAGCCAAGCUCAACUCAAUUUUGCCCGCCAAAAUUGCUGCAAGACUUGACAUCAACGAGGGCUACUUUAAGAUUGAAGCUCUGCCUGUUUCCGUACCUGAACACAUUGCAGCUGUGCACAUUGAGACUUUUGCUGUGGCAAGGAAUAUUGAGGAUCUGGCUGCUGAAAAAAUCACUCCCCUUAUCCCUGCCAAAGUCUUGCAGUCCAUCUCAAGGGAGAUUCUCUCAUCUAAGAUUACUUCUUCUGCUUCAGCUAGUUGGUCAAGAUCCUCAGAGAUAAUUUCCAAGGAUAUGGCAGCUACCAAGCCCACUAUAAAAUUCAGAGCAGCUCAAUUUGAGAAGAAAUACUGUGUUAAGACUGUUGCCAUUGGAAUGAAGGGCUGUAUCAAGGUUGCAACUGAAAACGCUGCUUUCCUCAAAGACAUUGCCCUGUACAAACUGGCUGGAAAGCACUCUAUUGCUCUUUCUUUCAAACCAAUUGAAGGUGAGGCCAUUGAGAGACUGGAGAUGGAAAUUCAAGUUGGACCAAAGGCUGCAGAGAAGCUCAUUAAGCACAUCAACCUGAGUGAAGAGGAAAUUGUUGAGGGAAGACCAGUCUUAAUGAAGCUCAAGAGAAUCCUGGCUCCUGGUCUGAAGAAUGGCACCUUAUCUUCCUCCUCCAGCUCAAGCAGCUCUCGCUCAAGUCUUCGUUCCAAGUCUUCUUCUGGUUCUUCCAGCUCCUCAUCUCGUGCCAGCAGAAAGACCACUGAUGCAGCUGCUCCAGCCAGUAGACUUCGCAGCAGCAGCAGCAGCAGAAGCAGCAGCAGCAGCAGCAAGAAAAUCAGCAGCAGAAGCAGCAGCAGCAGCAGCAGCAGCAGCAGCAGACUCAGCUCUUCUAGAUCUAUGAGCAAAUCUUCCAGGUCCAGCUCUGCAUCAAGCCUUAAAUCACUCUUCAGUGCUAGCUCAAGUUCCUCUAGCUCCAGUGCUCAUCUCUCAAGGCGAGUGACUUAUCACCACAAGUUCCAGAAGAUCCACAAGAAACAGGCUGUCACCUCUCAAGUCACAUCAGCAGCAAUUUCCAGGAGCAGAAGCAGUGCUUCAAGCUUUGAGGCCAUCUACACAAAGAACAAGUUCCUUGGCAAUGAAGCUGCUCCUACCUUUGCCAUCAUCUUCCGUGCUGUCAGAGCUGACAACAAGAUGCAGGGAUACCAGCUGUCUGCCUACUUGGACAGACCUACUGCCAGAAUUCAGAUCAUUCUAGCUGCCUUGGCUGCUGAUAACAACUGGAAGUUCUGUGCUGAUGGAGUUCUGCUAAGCAAGCACAAAGUCACAGCCAAAAUCGGCUGGGGAGCAGAAUGCAAGCAGUACGACACCAUGAUCACAGCCGAGACUGGUCUUGUUGGUCCAAGCCCUGCAGCUCGCUUCAGAGUGGCCUGGAAUGAACUACCUUCUGCCCUGAAACGCUACGCAAAGAAGGUGUAUGACUACAUUCCUGCUUCCAUGCUGGCUGGCUUGAUUAAAGAAAAGGAUGAAAACAGCGCCAAGCAGCUUUCAUUUACUGUGGUUGCCACAUCUGAUAAGACACUUGACCUCAUUUGGAAAACACCAGAGCGUACUGUCUAUAAGCUGGCUUUGCAUCUUCCCAUCACUCUGCCACUUGAGGAAGUCACAGGUCUCACACCCUUCGAUGACUUGGCUGAUAAAGUCCACUACUUGUUUGCCAAGGCUGGCGCAGCUGAAUGCACCUUCACCAGAGACACACUGACCACAUUCAACAAGAGGAGAUACAAGAACGAGAUGCCUCUGUCUUGCUACCAAGUUCUGGCACAGGAUUGCACCAAUGAGCUGAAAUUCAUGGUUCUGCUGAAGAAGGAUCACAUUGAACAGAACCAUAUCAAUGUCAAGAUUGCUGACAUUGAUAUUGACAUGUACCCGAAGAACACUGACGUGAUUGUGAAGGUCAAUGGAAUGGAAAUACCCAUCAACAACCUGCCAUACCAGCAUCCAACAGCUAAAAUCCAGAUAAGACCAAAGGGUGAAGGCAUCUCUGUGUUCGCUCCCAGCCAUGGUCUUCAUGAAGUCUACUUUGACAAGAACUCAUGGAAGGUUAAAGUUGCAGACUGGAUGAAGGGACAGACCUGUGGACUGUGUGGAAAGGCUGAUGGGGAAGUCAGACAGGAGUACCGCACACCCAGUGGACGUUUGACCAAGAACGCAGUCAGCUAUGCUCAUUCCUGGGUUCUGCCCGCUGAGAGCUGCAGAGACACCACUGAGUGCCGUAUGAAGAUUGAAUCUAUUCAGCUGGAGAGGCAGGUAAACGUCCACGGCCAGGAAUCCAAAUGCUACUCUGUUGAGCCUGUGCUGCGCUGCCUGCCUGGCUGUUUCCCUGUAAAAACCACAGCUGUUACUGUUGGCUUCCACUGCAUACCAACUGAUUCUACCAGUAAUCUUCACAGCAUGUACGACAACAGCGUGGACCUGAAGGAAACAGCAGAGGCUCACCUGGCCUGCAGCUGCACUGCUCAGUGCGCUUAGACUGCAUCUGUUAUAUUAUUACAAGUAUUGUUGAUCUGUAAAACUAAAAAGCUGCACCCACUCUAAAAUAAAAAAAAUGCUCUCUGUA